AUGCGUCCCCAAAGCGUCCCAUCGGACAGGUGUGUUUUGCUCCAGACUAGUCACCCAUGGCAUCUUGGAGUAGCACUAUGGAGCGACGAGCAGGAUGAAGGGCGACUCUACCAAGCCCAAAACGACGAUUAUGUCCUACCUGCCGAUCAAAAGGAGAUGAGUAGGCUGGAUCAUCAGCAUUAUGGCUGCAAGUUAUUCCAAAAGGGUAAAAACUAUGUCGUUCCCAUGGACAAGGUGUUGGAGAAUCGAGGGGAGGGGAGACGAGGUUUAGACGUUGGCUGUGGGACUGGUGUAUGGGUGAUAGAGAUGGCGAGGGAAUUUGACAAAGCCGAGUGGGUGGGCGUCGAUCUUGCCCCCAUACAAACAGACUCGGAUCUCCCCGACAAUCUGACGUUCAUCCAUGAAGACGCGGUCCGAGGGCUCCCAUAUCCCGACGAGUAUUUCGAUUUGAUUCACUGUCGGGUGCUGUAUAUGGGUAUACGGAAUUGGAAGGAUUUGGUGGAUGAAGUCGCACGGCUUCUGCGUCCGGGUGGGAUGGCAGUGUUUGUAGAGGUUGAAGGACGCUGGAGUUUACAUGAGAAGACGAGAGAGGAAGAAAUUAAGAUUGCACCUGGGUUUUCGAAGUUCUGUGAUUAUCUGGCAAUGGCAACCGAGAAACGAGGUUUGGACGUCGAUGCAGCAAAGACCAACAUCGUCAAAUAUAUCCGACAGAAUGGAACUUUGGAGGAUGUUGAGCAAUUGAGAAUGUUCAUACCUUUGUCUCCGUGGUCCGAUGAACCCCACAUGAAAGCCUCAGGGAAGAUCAUGUUGGUGGAUGCUAUCGAGAUUCCUGAUGCCGUGCGACAUCUUAUCCUCGAUGCGGCAGAAAUAUCCCCUAGCAAAUUCGAAGAGCUGAAGAAAGGUUGGAUCGAUGAUGUUCAUAAUCCCUCUUGUCACGUUGGUGCAUACUACUGGCAUAACACCGCUCGAAAGAAGCUUCAUUCAGUCGACGAGGAGUCACUCCUCAAAAACGACGUACAGGAAUGA